UGUAUGUGUGUGUGUGUGUGUUGGUGCGAGAAAAAGGGCCGUGGACGUACCUGCCUUCAUUACGGUCAGAAAAAUCAGUCGUGAAAAGUGGGCGCGUCAUUCCGUGGCGAAAAAGUGUUGCUAAAAUGACGCUAAACGGCAAAUACAAACACGCGAUACAAUGAACCAGCGCAACGCGACCCUCGCCGGCCCUCAUCACCGAAAAAAGCAACAACCAGCUCAAGAAGAAGCAGCAGCAGCAGUAGUGUGAACCGAUGGAAGUCGUGGAGUGUACAUAAGCUUCAUAAGCAACACACUGCUAGAGUCGCCGGAUCGGGCGUUAUUUUUCCUCGUCGAGAGCUAAUUGAAGAAUAAGAAAAUCACAACCUAUAAUAACAGUCACAUCACUAUCAGUCAGUAUCAACGAAUAUUAGUUGCAGUAGCAGCCUUAGAUCAUACGGUAAGGGAAGAGGGAAUAAGCGAGUACAACACACCAGUGAGCUAGGAAUCGGAAGGGAAAAGUGAAUUAUUAAGAUUAUGCUCUGUUAUUGUACGGGUUAUGUUGCAUUACGUUGCGCUACGACCGCGUAGAACACAAACAAACUCGUUGUUUUGCGUGCCCCCGUUGUUCCAUUAAGCUCGUCGGAUUCUGUUUCGUGUCCUGCAAGUUAUUCAAAAUUACGAGUUAAUUUUAGAAGCAAUCAGUUUCGUUUCGCUGCGCUACGUGUGCAGUAGCAGUGAUGGAAUAAUCGAAUCAUCUGUUGUGUGCGAUUGAAUUUGCGAUAAGUUGUGAAGUUGUGGGCCGAGAAUCACGACCGGUGCUGCGAUCUUUGUUUGUUUUGCUUGUUUGGUUUGUGUAGUUUGUGUCUGAAGUGUGUGUAGCCUGCCCGGUUACGAACACCAUCUCACGACAACGCGCGUAACGACACACGGGCGCUGUGGUGUGUUUGUUUUCACCCCCACCCCUCGAUCAAGUGCGCCCGCGUGAGAUCCAGUGGCGCGCUUGGUUCGAAUCACCCCGGCUGCCGGCUGAUGUUUGUUUUUCAUUUCUGUUUGCUCCGUGAAGAAUGUCCGUGAAGCUGCGGAAGUGCGAAUGAAAUCAGUGCCAAAAAUUACCCACAAACGAACUAGACAAACAACACAAUAAUAGCAGCUUGUGGCAGAAGCAGUGGAGUAGAGAAGAUCAAGUCGUCGGUUUGGUAGUGGUGCGAGUAGCAAGCAACGCUCAAAAUGUCGCUGGAUUCGAUGGGCCCUUCGGCCGGUGGUGGCAGCUCCGGCGUCGGCACACUGUCCGGCACCAGGAUGAUCCACUCGCUAAGCACACCGUCCGGUGUGGACGGAACAGUGUCGACGUCUCAUUCCCGCGGCGGCAAGAAGCUGGCCGUGCGCAUCCAAAUGUUGGAUGACUCUGUCACCAUGUUUCAAGUGCAGGCUAAAGCCACCGGGAAAGUACUAUUCGAACAAGUGUGCCGACAGUUAAAUCUGCUGGAAGCUGAUUACUUCGGGCUGGAGUAUCAGGAAGCGCCAUCCGGCACCAAAUACUGGCUGGACCUGGAGAAAUCGCUGAACCGGCAGGUUGGGCUAUCGCUGGUAGAGCCAGUGCUGCGCUUCUGCGUCAAGUUCUACACGCCCGAUCCGCUGCAGCUGGAGGAAGAAUACACGCGCUACUUGUUCUGCCUGCAAGUGAAGCGUGAUCUUGCCACUGGCAGCUUACAAUGCAACGACAAUACAGCAGCAUUGAUGGCAAGCUACAUUGUGCAAGCUUCCUGUGGAGAUUAUGCGGCGGAGGACUAUCCCGAUCACACCUAUUUGUCGUCGUACCGCUUUGUGCCACAGCAAGAUCAUACGAUGCAGAGAAGAAUUAUGGAGAACCACAAGAAGCAUGUGGGUCAAUCGCCGGCAGAAGCGGAUCUAAAUCUGCUAGAAACUGCGCGACGAUGCGAGCUGUACGGCAUGAAGAUGCACCCAGCCAAAGACCACGAUGGUGUGCCGUUGAAUCUGGCCGUUGCUCACAUGGGUAUUGCCGUCUUUCAAGGCAUUACGCGGAUCAAUACCUUCUCGUGGGCGAAGAUUCGCAAAAUAUCAUUCAAACGCAAGCGCUUCCUGAUCAAACUACAUCCCGAAAAUUAUGUGUACCAUAAAGACACGGUUGAAUUUUUCUUCGAAGGACGCAAUGAGUGUAAAAACUUUUGGAAAAAGUGCGUCGAGAAUCAUGGCUUUUUCCGUUGCACCGCUGUGCAGAAUGUGCAACGCCGCAAGGCACGGGUUCUGUCGCGAGGUAGCUCAUUCAGGUAUAGCGGCAAAACUCAGAAACAAAUCAUCGAAUUCGUUCGUGACAAUUAUGUAAAACGGCAAACAUUUCAAAGGUCUCAGUCUUUUCGGCAGGGUCCUCUACAUUCAAGUAACAGAAGUCAAUCACGCACUUCAUGUAAUGUGAAUCAAAGCAUCUCGGCUCAUCCUUUACUUCCGAUCGAAACCGCGGAAUGGGAACGUCGCAGUCAGAGCAACGUAUUGAGGACGCCUUCUCAGACGAGGAGACAAGCGGAUAUGGAGGUGGAUCGCCUACCCAGCAGUCCUACCGGCCACAGUCGUUCUCAGCUCACGGAAGCCCAGGUGGAGACCUAUCCGAUGAAGAGCUAUACCCAGCAAAUGGGAAUGGAGGGCUCGGGCCACACGCCGCUGCAGGACUCGAGCCAAUCUGCGUCCCCGGGGGGCACCUGGAGUUCGCCGUACCACAACAGCAACAGCAGCAGCCAUGCGCGCGAAGCCGAUCGGGCUCGUGCACGUCAAGACGGUCACAGUUCCGAUGAUUACCACGGUAUCAAUGGGAACGUUUCGCUCGAUCGGCGAAGCGAGAUCGUGCAAUCGCCGAACCGGUACGAGCUGGCCCUGGGCACGGCGGAUAAGUCGAACAACAAUUCCCUGUCCCGGGGCGAAACGGGCAGCUACGAUCUGGGCAGCGCGGAAGCUCGAGCCAGGAACAACAAUGGCCACUUCGGUGGCAGCAACGGGGGUGCGCUGCACACGGUGGACGAGAACAUGAUCAACAACAUACCAAACCAACAGCCCUCAGCCACCAACGGGCAAACGUCGUCCGGUGUCGGUCUGGGCAAUGGCAACAGUGGCACGCUGCGCUCGAUCGACGAGGAGAUGCGCAAGAAGAAGUGGCCGACCGAUCGGGCCUACUUCCUCGCGAAGGAGCUGCUCAUGACGGAGCGAACGUACAAGAAGGAUUUGGACGUUAUCAACACGUGGUUCCGCGAGGAGCUUACACCGGAAGAUUUGGAAAAUCUUCAACCUCUGUUUCAGUAUUUUGAGUCGAUGCUGGAGCAUCACAGCGUCUUUCUGCGCGAUCUCGAGCAUCGGAUAUUGCUGUGGGAAGGGCGCGGCGGUCACGAAACACAUCGAAUUGGCGACGUAAUGCUGAAGAAUAUGGUCGUUUUGCCGAUAUACGACGAGUACGUCGAGAGUCAUCGCGAAAUUUUGGAGCGUCUGAACGACCUGUACGACAACGACGACAAGUUCCAGCAAACGUACCGGGAGUUUGAGCUGCAGAAGGUAUGCUAUCUGCCGAUCAGCUACUUCAUCCUGAAGCCACUGCACCGGCUGCUGCACUACGAGCUGCUGCUGGAGCUGCUGCUGGCGCACUACGGCGAAGAUCACUUCGAUCGCACGGAUUGCCACGGUACGCUGAUGAUGCUGACCCGCUCGACCGAGGUGAUCAGGCGCGAGCUGACGGCGUCGGAAAACCACAGCCUGCUGUGCGAAAUCCAGCGCGACAUCGACGGGUACGAUGGGCUGGUGCAGCCGGACCGGAAGCUGAUCCGGCAGGGCUGCCUACUGAAGCAUUCCAAGCGCGGGCUGCAGCAGCGCAUGUUCUUCCUGUUCUCCGACGUGUUGCUGUACGCGGUAAAGUCCCCGGUGACGCAGACGUUCAAGGUGCUCGGCCACGUGCCGGUCCGUUCGCUGCUGACGGAGAAUGCGGAGCACAACGCGUUUGUGAUAUUUGGCGGGCAGCGGGCAAUCACCGUGAGUGCGGGCACCACGGUCGAGAAGACGCUCUGGCUGGAGGAGCUGGCGAAGGCGGCCAACAGUCUGAAGUACAAACCCCAGACCCAGCUGCCCAUCGUGUCGAUCAAAACAUGCACAUCGUCUGAGGAAAAUCUGGAAGCUUGCGGAUUGAGCAGUGCGCUUGUGCCACCGGCCGCAGCGAGGCAGCCAUCGCCUCGCAACAACACGGCCCUGCACGUGUGUUGGCAUCGUGGUGUCACGAUCUGUCUCGACGAUCAUCUUCGCUCGGGAAGGAAUCAAAUAUCGGGCUACUUGCUGCGAAAGUUUAAAAACAGCUCCGGCUGGCAGAAGCUGUGGGUCGUGCUGACAUCGUUCUGUCUGUACUUCUACAAGAGCUACUCGGACGAUGCGGCCCUUGCCAGCUUGCCACUGCUCGGGUACACGGUAGGGCCUCCCGGCAUUCAGGAUGCGGUGCAGAAGGAGUACGUCUUUAAGCUUUCGUUCAAAAACCACACCUACUUCUUCCGCGCAGAGAGUGAGCACACGUACAAUCGGUGGAUGGAGGUGUUGCGUAGCGCCACUCAAAUUCAGGAAUCCCGCUCAUCGCCCACAAUCAACUCGAACAAUCUAAUCAACAAUAACGGUAGCAACGGAAACUAAGCAAACGAAAGCCAUCGAAACAAGUAGUAGUGACCGUGAUCAAGGCGGAAAAGCUUCGACGGAGCUGGCGCACGCAUUUCCCCCUCGUGUAUGUGUCCUCUAAAGCGUCCUGUUUUUUUUUACAUCUGCAACACGCAAAGUGCAUCCUUUAAACCGUACAAUUGAUAUGAUCAAUCGUAUUCGUUUACUGUAAGUGUGUGAAAGCUAUUUUUGUGUAAAACAAUCCAAGAUACUAGAAAAUCUACCCCCCCUCCCCCCUAUCCUAAUCUGAUCAGAACGUUCCCUCCGUCGUUCCGCUUUUGUAUGCGAUUUUGCGCAUUUAACGGUAAGAUUUCAUCAUUCGUCCCGGUUCAUCUGUUCACGAGAACUAAAGAAAAAGAACAUUGAUUUGAAAGUGAUGAGCAAGCAAAUACCGGUGACUGCGGGCAACCGGGUAGAGAGAGAGAGAAAGAGAGGGAGCAGCGAAGCAGUGACCGACAGUGGUAUAUUUAUCUUACAAUUUUUACAUCAGCUGCAUGUAGGAACAAUUUUUAAGUGCGUUAACGAUAAACAUUAAGCAAAGCGUGCGUGCGUAAUUAGUACGAGAGAGACAGAGAGAGAUUGUGUUAUUAGCAAAAAAGGGUGAUGCAGAGCAAUGAACUGAGGCGCGUGGACCGGGGGUGAAAAGGCAGAAACAGAUUGAUUAUACACACUAAUAAAGCAAAAGUGAGCAAUAUUUGAACAAAAC